AUGAGGAUAAGAAAAAAGAGAUUAGAUUCUCCCAAAUUUCCAUUUCUGCCAGUGAAACGUGAUCGUCGAUCUCCCGCUACUUUAGCCAAUUCUUGGGAUCAUUAUGUUGAAGUGCUUGUUGUAGCUGAUCACCAAAUGCUUUUAUAUCAUCAACAAAAUUUGGAGAAUUAUGUUCUAACUUUAUUUUCAACAGUUUCAGCAAUCUAUAGACAUCAAUCCUUGGGUGUUUCUAUUAACAUGGUUGUCGUUCGCAUCAUCAUAAUAAAAAAUGAACGUGCUGGACCCUUAAUAUCUAAUCGGGCACAAGAAACACUUCAACAAUUUUGUCAUUGGCAGCAGCUAUAUAAUGACAGAAAUGACGAUUCUUUGAAUCAUCAUGAUGUUGCAAUUCUUUUAACUCGUCAUGACAUAUGCCGGGCUACAAAUAAAUGUGACACUCUAGGUCUUGCCGAGCUUGGAACUUUGUGUGAUAGCAAAAGAAGCUGGUUAUCUGCCGCAUUCACAAUUGCUCACGAGCUCGGUCAUAUCUUUAAUAUUCCACACGAUGAUGAACGUAAAUGUGCAGAGUUUAUGCCAUUAAACAAAGCUAACUACCAUAUAAUGGCACCAACACUUGAAUACAACACAAAUCCCUGGUCCUGGUCUGCAUGCUCCUCCGCAAUGCUUGCCCGUUUUUUGGAGGCACGCCGAGCCCAGACACAAUGUAUUCUCGACAAACCUGUUGAGAGACGGUAUUAUGAAAGAAUGUUUGAAAAUCCCGCACCUGGUGAAAUUUAUUCUGUCUCUCAACAAUGCAAAUUCGUCUUUGGAGCUGCAGCUGAACUCUGUCCUUAUAUGCCAAGUUGCCGCAGAUUGUGGUGUGCCGUCUCUUAUGGAUAUCAAAUGGGCUGUCGUACCCAGCAUAUGCCGUGGGCCGACGGAACAGAAUGUGCUCGACAAAUGUGGUGUUAUAUGGGUCAAUGUGUUGGUAUGUCCCCUACACAGAGACUACCUGUUGAUGGUUCCUGGGGUGAAUGGAGGUCGUGGGGUGAUUGCUCUCGAACAUGUGGGGGAGGAAUCCAAAAGUCGUAUCGGGAUUGUGACUCUCCUCGGCCAGAACAUGGUGGUAAAUACUGUACUGGGCAACGAGUACGUUAUCGUACUUGUGCUAUACACGAAUGCCCUUGGGAUAUGCCUGGAAUUCGAGAACAACAAUGUGCCGAAUUUGAUGGAAAAGAUAUUGGAAUUCACGGUGUUCCUUCAGUCGGCACUAGAUGGGUCCCAAAAUUUUCUGGAAUUGCUGAAAAUGAACGAUGUUUACUUUAUUGCCGUCUCUCUGAUUCUGCGGCGUUUUACAAAUUAAGGGAUAAAGUAAUUGAUGGAACUCCUUGUGAUAGAAACGUGGACGAUAUUUGUAUUGAUGGAGGAUGUCAUAAGAGUGGCUGUGACCAUAGACUUGGUUCAGAUAUGCGUCGGGAUGUUUGCGGGAUUUGUGGCGGGGAUGGAAGAACUUGCCGUGAAGUAAAAGGGGUUUUCAAUGAACGAGGAACUUUUGGUUAUAACGAAGUUUUACGGAUUCCUGCUGGAGCCGCAAAUAUUGAUAUUACACAAAAUUCUUUGCAUCAACUAAGAAAGGAGGAUGACGAAAAUUAUUUGGCUUUAAGAAUGCCAAACGGUGAUUGGCUUUUGAAUGGACAAUUUCAUGUAUCGGUAUUCCCUCAACAAAUACAAAUACUUGAUACUGUUCUUGAGUAUUCUGGAAGUGACACACCUCAGGAACGCAUAAAUGGUACAGGCCCAUUGCGAACUGAUGUUUAUCUCCAUUUUUUGAGUGGCCGUAAUCUGAAAUUACCAAACAUUCAUUACCGAUAUAUGGAGCCUUUGCCUCAAAUAUCGCGCGAGGUAGCAGCAGCUGCAAAAACCUACGAAUUAAACAAUUUAUCCUCACAAAAACAUCAACAAAGACAACAUAAAUCACAACAGCAACAAGUAGUCCCUAAGGCUCCAAACACAUUUUAUUGGCGAUUUACUGAAAAUAGUUGGAGUGAGUGCACUCUCAAAUGUCAAGGCACUCAAACCCAGCUAUUGCAAUGCCUGGACACCCUCACCAUGAAAGUUUUGCCUGAUUCUAUGUGUGGUACUUCUCGACGACCUGACCCAAGACAAAGAAUUUGCAACGUCGAAUGUUUUUAUAAAUGGCAACAUCGUCUAUUGUCUUAUAAUGGUAGAGGAGAGAAGGAUAGAUAUCAACAUCAAUGUGUUCGUUCUUAUACAAAUGGUCGUGAGGAACAAGCAAGUGAAGAUGAAUGCAAGAGAUCAGGAAUUCCACUUCCCACACCACCCAGUACAAGGAACCAUCCUCAACAGCAACAAAUUAAUGAGCAGUCACCGAAUAAAUAUGUGACUGAUCGACGCUGGGCAUACACUGAAUGGAGUGUGUGCUCGGAAUCUUGUGGUACCGGCGGGAUUCGUCAUCGUUCUAUUCAUUGUAUUGAUACCCGGAAUGGGCAGAAAGUCGAGAAUCGCUUCUGCGAGGGAAUUCCUCACGAGACACUCCAUACAGAAUGUAAUCGGACACCAUGUCCACGAUGGGUUUAUGAAGCCUGGAAUGAAUGUUCCCGAUCUUGUGGUAGUGGAAUUAGAAUUCGACAUGCUUCAUGUCAGGAUGCUUCUGGUCGCGAAGUAAAUGCUCGUUUAUGCCCUAGCAAUAAAUUAGAUAGCGAAAAGUGUAACGAACAACUUUGUACUGAAUGGCGUUUUGGAGCAUGGAGUCAAUGUUCGGUCAGUUGUGGCCAAGGCAUUCAACGAAGAGAUGCUAAUUGUGUUGACUCUAAUAAUCGACCUCUUGAAGAUAGGAAUUGUGAUAUUCGGGAAAAAAUAGUUGUUAAACAAUGCGAGUUGGCACCUUGUCCUCACUGGCAAUUAGGCUCUUGGAGUCAAUGUUCUAUCAGCUGUGGCUCUGACGGAUUUCAGACCCGUUUAGUUCAAUGUGUUGAUUCGGUUGGAAGAAAAUUGCCAGAUAUUAUGUGUACCCAACAAAAAAUUAAUGAACAAACUUCCAUUAAUUCAAAAAUAUCUGAAAAUCAGAAACAACAACUACGUCCACAAAGCCAUAGAGUCUGCAGCCCAGGACCCUGUCCCUACUGGUUAAUUAUUUAUUAA